AUGAACUUUAUAGCGAUUUUAGCUGUCUGUGUUAUUGCGGUGGCCGCUCAGCAGCAACAGCAGCAAUAUACCAAUAAUGGGCAAACCGUGACGACUAACCAGUUUGCAGCAGCCUACUCUACGAAUCAAUACCAACAAGGUGUCCAAAACGACCAGAGCACUCUUCAGUAUAAUAAUGGAGCGACAUCCCAACCGAUUCAGUAUAACCAAAACCAGCAGUAUGGAACCACUCAGCAAUACGGGCAGAAUCAGCAGUACAACAACAAUCAAAUGUACUCUACUCAAGGUAAUAACCAGCAAUACCAGCAAGGACAAAACUACGGUACCCAACCGCAAUACGAUGCUUCCCAAAACCAGAUGGGCGGUCAAGUGCAGGGAUACUCCAACAAUGGAUAUUCCAACCAGAACUCCCAAAUGUCACAGAGCCAAGCGUCCAGCGGAACCAGCAGUGUCUCCCUUAUGGAUUACUCUUUCAAUAAUGGAAACUGUCAGUAUAAGGAUGGACAAGUUGUUGAGAAUGGACAGACUCGUCAGGCCACUCAACAAGAGCUCCAACAGAUUCAACAGUACAGAGAUAGUGUUGAUCAGUAUAUGAAUCAAGUUAAUGGAUAUGUUGGGCAAUGGAUCAAUUCCGUGUUCCAAACCCUGCCAUCUGUCAACAAUUCGUUCCCAAAUAUCCCCACUAUGCCAACCAUGCCACAGGCUCCGUGUUUGUGCAGCGCUCAAAAUUGUGGCAACACUACAAACACCAACACGAUUGGAACCACACCGCAGAGGGAUGCUUAUGGAAACCCGAUCAACUCGAACACUCAGUACCAGCAGAAUCAAAACGGACAAUAUCAGAAUACCCAGUUCCAGCAACAAAACGGACAGAACCAGAAUAAUCAAUUCCAGCAACAAAACGGACAGAAUCAAAACAGCCAGUACCAGCAAACCAGCAACCAACAGAUGAACGAUCAGCAGUAUCAGACUGGAAACUAUCAGCAGACUAGUAACCAGUCGAUGGGACAAAAUGCUGGAAAUCAACAGUCGAAUAAUCAGCAGAUGAGCACUCAACAGACACAGCAACAACAACAGUAUUAUGGAAGAAAGAAGUAA